CAUUCCAGCCGUAUAGAACUCAGUCUAUAAACCACAAUUUUCACGUGCGAUCGCGAUCACAAAUCCCAGAGCGAACACGUACACUAGCGAUAAAAUUAGCUCCGAAAUUAUUCAUCCUAUCGUUAUGGGUUUUUUUACCAGCACUUUUCACUGUUAAGUAGGUUUUGUGUAUCAGCUCGUCCGCUUAACUUCGGAUUUUGAUUGCAAUGAUACGUAUACGCUGCGGUUCUGAUAUUUUGGUGGAUUUGUGUCAUUGGCAUUAUAUCGUAGAUUCAUUGUUGCUGUGAGUGAUUUCUGUCUUACUUUUGAAACUGAAAUCCAUAUCGCGCAAGCUCUACUUCGCUUCGAUGUACAUGUUGAUCUGGACAUAUUCCUUGGAGAAAAUAUCAACCUUCCUAUGUUGAAAAACGACCGAAUCGUGUCAUGGGAGUACAAUGUUUUAGAUUGCAGCCUUCCGUGGGGGAUCGAACAUAUCGCAGUGCUUCAGCAGUCGUAUAUUGCCGAAUUCAACUAGAAUCUGUUGGACAAUAACUCUCCUAAGGCCAUUCUGCUGUAAUUCGGAUGACCGUCGUUCGUGAUAAAAAUCAUAAAAUUUAAUAUGGGUUCCGCAUACGACUGCUACACACGCGUGCCCUAUGGCUCACUGAUCGCCACAGUAAUGUGCAUUGUUGGUGUGGCAGUGUUUUGCUCCCAAAUGUACAACGGAGUGUCCUACACACUGCAGAUGUUCAAUGAAGUCUUUCAGCUGAAACUUUAUUGGAUGGACACUUUGAGGACCGUUUUCAUAACUGCCGGUGUCUGCAUGGCGGUGGUUGCAAUAACGCUCUUAAUAAUAGGAAUUGGAUCCACCGGAGUUACUCGCGACCAAGUUUUCAAUGGAUCUCAAGCAAAAAUUGGAGGCCGCAUCAGUAUUGCCAUAUGCAUGGCGGUGACUUACAUUUUGAAUCUGGCUUGGAUGGGGAUUCUGGCCUUUCUUCUUCUGGUGACGUUCGUGUACAUUUUGUAUUCCAAAGUGUGCGAUUAUGCGCCCAUUGAGUCACCGGAUAUCGGACGAUGCAUUCCUUUCAGACAUUUCGGUUUUUUGUUUCCCAACACAUCCUACCCAAAUACUUUGGGUUAUCAUGACAUGAACAAAUUCAGCAAAUGUGGAAAUGACUUUAUUCGAUUGUGUGAAUCUGUCAAAAACACUCAGGGAAUUUAUCUGGCAGCAACGAUCUCGGCUGGUGUUGUAGUGUUAAGCCUGGUACACUACUUGAUCUGUCUGGCUGCAAAUUACGUUCAUGUCAAAGAAAGUCUGAAGAAAAAAGAGCUGGAAUAUUUUCAGUCGCUCCAGGAUGGAGAACUCGAAAUGCUGACAAAAGCUCGGUUCAAUGCCUGAAAAUAGCUGCCCCCAACGCGAUUUUCUUUAGAAAAUUAUCUAAUUUUUCAGUUGAAGUGAGUUGUUAUUUGUUAAUAAGAAAGAUACAUCUGCAUGGCUAUUUAAAACAUUAAAUAGCGUUAAUAUAUAUGCUCAAGCAUUUUUGCUGGGCGUUUGAUUCACUGUUGGCUGUUGUUGGUCUUUGCGAAUUCUAACUCUCUGCAAGCAGAAAAAACAAAUCUCUUCGUCAGUAAAACU